GUGGAUUUGAGGAAUUGCUCGGUCGCCAACAGCGCCUCUGAGGGAGGAGUUGCAGCCAGCUUGGCCAUGCCGUCCGAGGGUCGUUGCUGGGAGACCCUGCAAGCCCUGAGUAGUUCCAGCAAAGGUCGCCUCUGCUACCACAGGGACUGGUUGCAGCGGGGUGAGGAUGUCCUAGAAGAGUGCCUGUCUCCUCCCAAGCUGUCUGCUUACUCUGGAUGGGUGGUAGAGCACGUCCUCCCCUACACUCAGGAGAAUCUCGCUCCCUCUGAGACAUCAUCCUCGGGAUCGGCUCCUGUGCUAGAUCAGCCCUCACUUGUCCCCCGGUCUCCUGUCCGAAGCACUGCCUGCUCUCCCGCCACCCCCACAGCUCCGGAGGCGGUCAAGGACAAACAGGAGUCCCAGCAUACAGAAUCUAAAGCGCUGAAAUCCUCACGUGGGAACAGUGUGGAAGUCUGCAUCCGGAUGUACGAACUGGUACACAGAAUGCGUGGCACAGAGGGCUUGCGGCAGUGGCAGGAGGAGCAGGAACAGAAGGUGCGUGCCCUGUCAGAGAUGGCGUCGGAACAGCUGAAGCGCUUUGACGAGCUGAAGAUGCUGAAGCAGCACAAAGAAUUCCGGGAGCUGCAAGAGGUGAUGGAAAGGAGCACCAGAGAAGCCCUGGGCCAGCAGGAGAAGCUCAAGGCGGAACAUCACCACAGAGCCAAGAUUCUCAACCUGAAGCUGCGUGAGGCUGAGCAGCAGCGCCUGCGCAAGGAGGAACAGGAGCGGCAGCGAAAGGAGGAAGGCCAGGGCCGCCUGCGGAGCCUCUACGCCCUGCAGGAGGAGGUGUUGCAGCUCAACCAGCAGCUCGAAGCCUCCGCUUCCAGUGCUUCGGACCUACACAGAGACCUGCUGCAGGUCGACCUGGCAGCCUUCCGCACCCGAGGCAACCAGCUGUGCAGCCUCAUCUCCAGCAUCAUCCGCACCACCUCAGAGAGUGGCUACCCUACAGCGGAGAACCAGGCUGAGGCUGAGCGAGCCCUGCAUGAGAUGCGGGACCUGCACACCGCCCUGGGCCAGGAGAUCAGCAGAGCCUGCAGGGACAAGAGGCAGGAGGAGGAGGAGGCCCGGGCCAAGCUCCGCGAGUCACAGACGCAGCAGGGGCUGGGGGCCACUCCUCCGGCCCCAGGCCCCAGCCAGAGCCCAGGCAGGAUGCGGGGUGAAGGCCUCCAGGUGAAGGUACAGGAGAGCACGAUGCAGUGGUACCAGCAGCUGCAGGAUGCUGCUGCUCAGUGCGUGUCGGCCUUCGGGGGUCUGACCAGCAGCAAGGACACCCAGACCAAGAAGAUAAAGAUGGACCUGCAGAAAGCCGCCACCAUCCCUGUGAGCCAGAUCUCCACCAUUGCAGGCUCAAAGCUGAAGGAGAUCUUUGACAAGAUCCAUAGCCUGCUGUCCGGAAAGCCCAUCCAGUGUGGUGGGCACUGCGUGUCCGUCACGCAGAACCCGCAGGGGCUGGACUUUGUGCAGUACAAGCUGGCUGAGAAAUUUGUGAAACAAGGCGAGGAGGAGGUGGCCUCCCACCACGAAGCAGCUUUCCCCAUCGCGGUUGUGGCCUCCGGCAUCUGGGAGCUGCACCCCAGAGUUGGGGACCUCAUCCUUGCCCACCUGCACAAAAAGUGCCCUUACUCUGUUCCUUUCUACCCAGCGUUCAGGGAGGGCAUGGCUUUGGAAGACUACCAGCGAAUGCUUGGCUACCAAGUAAAGGAAUCCAAGGUGGAACAGCAGGACAAUUUUCUGAAACGCAUGUCUGGGAUGAUCCGUCUCUAUGCUGCCAUCAUCCAGCUCCGGUGGCCGUAUGGGAACCAAAAAGCCACUCACCCUCACGGCCUGAGUCACGGCUGGUGCUGGCUGGCACAGCUUGUGAACAUGGAGCCUCUGUCUGACGUGACAGCCACCAUCCUUUUUGACUUCUUGGAGGUGUGUGGCCAUGCCCUCGUGAAGCAGUACCAGGCCCAAUUCUGGAAGAUGGUACUUCUCAUCAAAGAGGAAUACUUGCUCAGAAUCGAAGCCGUCACGAGCUCAGGACAGAUGGGCUCCUUCAUUCGCCUCAAGCAGUUCCUGGAGAAAUGUUUGCAACAUAAGGAGAUCCCGGUCCCCAAGGGCUUUCUGACUUGUUCCUUCUGGCGCUCCUGAUGUCACCUGCGGUCACCAUUGUGUUGCAGAGAAGCAAUAAUAAAGUAACGAGAAGUGGCUGUAUUUGGAAGAUGUCAGAUUUAGAAAUUUGUCAGUCUAUUCUAUGUAUUUUUACCAUGUGAUUAGGUGAGAUUUUUCACAGGUGCAGGCCCUGAGCAGAUGGGGUAGGUGUCCAUGUGAUAGUGAUUGAAAUUACCCUUCUUAAUUUGCAAAAAUCAUGAGCAAAAGCCUUCCCCGCUUGGUCUCUUCCUUUGCUUCCCUUGCCUUUGGGAUCUGUGGGAGCUGGCGAUGUCAUGACCAUUUCGCGCUGAGCUGCACUGAGCCACCUUCCCACAAAACCCCCUUUAGCAUGUGGACGUGCCAGCCUGGGCGGUGGGGUUAGCCUCUCAGGCCAGGAGGGGAUGUGGGCACAGAGCAGAUGUGUGCUGUGGGCAGGGCCUGAGCACACCCGGGCAGCUGGGUGUCCAGGGUGAGAACGGGCCGCGCAUCGCGCUGGACAACAGGGGACUGAUUCCUUAAUUUGGAUUCUCCUUCCUGCAGUGCUAGGGAUGCAUGCACCAGAGUCAGCUCCUGUUUUGUUUUUAGUUUGUAUUAUGAUGCUCUGUAGCAGCAUGGUGGUGCACACCUGUGACUUCAGCACUCGGAAGGCUGGUGCAGGAGGAUCACCAUAAGUUUGAGUCUGGUCUUGGCUACAGCAUGAGUUCAACUCCGUCCUAAACUCCGCAGUGAAACCCUGUCUCAAAAACAUAAGCAGGAGG